UGUCUACGACGAGGUCAGUACUCGGAGUCGGUCGUCCGUCGCGCGCACGCGCACCGUCUAAUCCAAAUCGUCAUCGAGGCACCGAUAUACACGUGACCGAGGCCGCCGCGUACUCGGUGGAAGCCGGCAUCAUAGCGUCGAGAAGCGAGCAGCCAGCCACCAUGUCCAAGCUCUACGUGGGCAAUCUGCCGUCAGAUUGCAACGAGAGCACUCUCAGGCAGCUCUUCCAGGAGCACAGCCUGGCGUGCACCACAAUCCUGGUGAAGCGCGGUGGCUACGCCUUCGUCGACUGUGCCGAUCAGUCCACGGCCGAUCGGGCGAUCGACAAGCUGAACGGAUAUACCUAUCUCGGAUCGUCGCUCGUCGUAGAACCAUCCGUAGCUAGCUCGGCGAAGAAACGCAGCAGGGUUUCACGUGCGUCGCGCUGAUAACGGAACGCCGAAUCGCGAUAUCAUCGUCAGUCCGUUA